CACCACCGAAUCUUGAAACAUUUGAUUAUCGUUCUAGUAAAGUAUACUUAGGUAGUACGGAGUUCUCUGUAAAUGCUCCAAAUCUUCGACACCUACACCUUCAAGAGAAUUUCAUAGUUUCUUUAACUAAGAAUUUUCGGAUGAAAAACAACAGUUUGUUAACCGUUGAUAUUUCAAACAACUUCUGCUUCCACGUGUCACCACAAACCUUUGAAGAUUUUAGACACGUAAAACAUCUGAAUAUUUCUCACAAUGACUUGAGCCAAGACCUGGAAAAGGACACUGAAGGCCAGCUGUUUAAACAUCUUGAGAGUCUUGAAAUUUUGGAUUUGUCAUUCAACAAAAUUUCUUCUUUACCAAAUCCUCUUCUAGAAAAUUUGAAAAGGAUGAAGUACAUUAACGUUAGUAACAACAGAUUAUCUGACUGGAACGUUAGUGUGAGUGGUAUGUCUAACUUAACAUUGCUUGAUCUAUCUCAAAACAAAUUGACAAGACUUAAUGAAAACGCUCGUACUGACAUUGAGAGAGUUUUCGAACACUCCAAUUUAUCCAUUGAUUUGUCUGAUAACGUGCUACAAUGUUCAUGCAAGAAUGAAGAAUUCCUCACAUGGAUAAACGAAAACAAACAACAUUUUAUAAACAUUGAUAAUUACAUAUGCUCUCCACCGAACGAUCGAUUUAGUUUUAAAACAUUAAAAAAAUCUGUAAUUUUGUUGUCGAAAUCUUGCAAAUCUUAUUUAGGUUGGUACGUUGGAUGUGCAGUCGCCUUGGCUUUAUUUUGUAGUUUUGUAACAGGUCGAUUGCUGGUGAAGAACAAAUGGAAAAUCCGAUAUAUUGUCUAUAAGUCAAAGCAGAAGUUCGGGUGGGUAAAGCAACCAAGGAUACAGAAAUCAAACAGCGUGCAUUACGAACAUGAUGCAUUUCUGUCCUACAGUGGUUGUGCUUUGAUGUUUGUACUAAAUGAAGUCAUUCCCCGUCUUGAAGGAAACAGGAAUAUGAAACUUAUUAUUAGAGAUCGGGACUAUUUGCCAGGGUUUCCAAAAACCGAUAAUAUUAUGUAUAGUCUACAAGAGAGUCGAAAAACUGUUUGCAUUGUGUCCAAAAAGUACUUGGAAUCCCGGUGGCGCGACUAUGAACUGAACAUGGCGAAGAUAGAAGGCAUUGUCGAUCGCGGCCGCUUGGAUUUUGUCAUUCUUAUUUUGCUACCGGAGGUGUACAACAACAGCUAUCCUAGUACAAUUAUGGAUCUGGUGAAGCGGAAUUGUUAUAUUGAAUAUCCGGAUGAAGAGUGUGCUUACGACGAUUUUUGGGAUAAAUUAGUCAAUAUGAUUGAAAGCUAAGGAAAUACCAGUGUAUUUCUUCAAGUUUCUGCUGCCGCAUAUAUUCAUCUUGGACCAAGAUGAAAGAAUUGAAUUUGCGUUAACUUUGCAUUUUUUGCACAAAAGUGGCAGGUGAUAUAAAUGAACGAUAGCUUUGAAUUAAUGCAUAUCGAAUAUUUGAUAAUGGGAUGAAAUAUACCAGUGACAUUACUUGCAAAACUGACCAUCAUAUUUCAGAAGUGUAUGUUUUAAUAAAAUGUCAAACUUUACAUAAAAUGGAAACUUUCAAUAGAAACGCCAAUAGUAUGACAUGAACAAACAAACAAACGCAUAGAAUACUUUGGAGUCAUUGAAUGUAGGUCGCGGGUUUACCGACUUUUUUUCUCACUCGAAAACUCCACCUGAAAAUUUGACUGAUGUAUCUUGACAAUGUAUAUACCACUUUGUGAAAAUUGUUUUUCAUUCAACAGCACAGAUGUUUAGUAAUUACGUCUUCAACAUGCCAAUGUUG